GUCCGAGAUGUCUAAUAGGUAGAGGCAAGUACUCACUGCCAGGCUGACAAACAAGGAAGUGGAAGACGGUCCCUCUGCAAGGUCCUGUUCGCUCCAACAUGGCCAAACGUGGGGUGAAGCCCAGUUCCAUGAUUCGGAACUUUGGGAGUGCAUGUUUGGCCAGUGUAGCUUAACACAUCUCCCUGGUAGGAGCUUCUUGUUACUAGUAGUAAUGCCAGGAGGUACUAGUAGCGUCCUUGCUAGUAGUGGUCUUGUUCCUUGUGCACCGAACUUGCUUCCUUACCUUGACCGGCGAUUCCCCACCUCCGCGCUCGUCACCGCUUGCCCGGCUCCGCUUGCCCGGCUGCCCUCAGGGCCGCGUUGUUCGGCCCGAGGGGCGGGAACCCGCCAUGGCACCCUUUGUGUAUCAAUCGGUGCCGCCCCACGAGGGCGAGGUGCGCACCUCCACUGAGGAGGUCUGGCUACUGAGGAGGCCGUGCACGGCCUUGGCACCGGCGGCGGUGGUGGCUGCUGCCGCCUUCCUCUGCAUCUUCCUGGCGGGCAGCCCCAUCUCUUCAACAGAGUCGCCGCCGCCCGAAGCGAUUGCGCGGAUGGAGGGCAUUAGCAAGGAGUUCAGCAUUUUUCAGUUGAGUAUGUCCACGUACGAGAGGAUGUUUGGAGAUACGGAUCCUUUCCAAUUCAAGUGCCCAGUACCUGGGGUGCUCGCUGAAGGCUCCAACAUCCAUUCCUGUUGUGGAGGCUACAACACCUUGGGCUGGCCCUUCCAAUUCUCCGAGUGUCGUCCUUUGGGCUACUGUACCACCUGCUGGGUCGAGAGCUCUCAGGAGGAGAUGCAAAAGCACGAGGGCAUCGAGUUUGCAGGAGCCGCCUGGGCGGCCACCAUCAGUGUGAUGAACAAGGCCGAUCGGAUCCGCUCCGCUUGGGGAAGCCUUUGGGAGGGCCGCGUGAACCGCAGCUUCCGUGGGCCGACGGUGGACGACAUGCACGUGGCCGACCGGCGGAUGCACGCGGUGCUGCGCACCGGGCUGGUGGAAGGCCAGACCAAUGUCUGCCCGGCCAUUGAUGACUGGGAUAUUGAUAUGCUAAAUGAGGAUCGUGAGAACAUCCACGCGCGUGUUUAUAAGUCGGCCCAUGCGAAGCUGGCGAUUGUUGCCUUCCGCGGGACGCAGUUUGAGUCAAUGAAGAACUGGCACGUGGAUGCAGACAUCCAGCGGAUUCCCAUGAAGCUGCCAAACGGCAAUGUGACCUUUGUACAUGAAGGCUUCCUGAACGCGUUGAACCACGUCCUUCCACACGUGAAGCGCUGGGUCGACGGUUACAUCCUGGGGCUCUUCAGCGCGGUGCCGAGCGAUUGGAAUCUGAUCUUCACGGGCCACAGCUUGGGCGGGGCCUUGGCCUUGCUGGCGGCCACCAAGGCCUUUGCGGAGGACUGGCCACGGAAGCCCGAGGCCACCAUUGCCUUCGGCGUGCCGCGGGUGGCGGACGCUGCGCUGGACGACUGGUGGCAAGCACAGCAGCUUUGCGGAAAGCUGAUUCGCGUGAACACCUACAAUGACGUGGUGCAUGUGAUGCCCUUCCACAAGAUGUGGAGCGCAUGGACUGCCGUCAGCGAUGUUUACGACUGUGUGACGUCGCCCCUGAACUGCCUCAGCCCAUCCGCGAACCUAGGAUCGGAUGCGUCGCAGGUGGAAAUUAGCAACCAAUGGGCUCACGUCUGUCCACAAAGCGAGAUUCUGAUCCCGAGCCGUGUGAAAGGUAUCAACCAACAGCUGGAAGAGAUGUCUCCCUUCGGCGGUGUGCUGGCGCACUUGAAUGAGAACUGCCUCUACGGCUAUAUCUAUGCAGUGCUGCACAGCAAUAUCACCUCGCUGGAUAGAUAUUGCAACUUGUCGCCCGAUGUGUGCAAUGUGUCUCAUGUGGGCAUUGAAUCAUAGAAUUGGAUUGCAGGAGAAAAGACGAGCGACCCCAGUCUGAGAUAAGUCGGGCUUACCGGUCAGUCUGUUUCGGGGCUUCUUCAGCG